GCAUACCAGGCGUUUCUUUUCGGAGUAGGGACGCCCAGCCGGAAGAGGAUGGCGGCCGCUGCACUGAAGAGGUUGUGGUCCCGAAGCCGUGGGGAGGCGGGGGACGCUGCGGCUGCAAAGCCUGGCGUGUGGGCGCGGUUGGGAGCUUGGGCCCGCGCGCUGCUCCAGGACUACGCAGAGGCCUGCAGAGACGCGGCGGCGGCAGCGCGAGCCCGGCCCGGGCGUGCAGCCGUGUACGUGGGGCUGCUGGGCGGCGCGGCGGCCUGCUGCGCCCUGGCGCCGAGUGAGGCAGCCUUUGAGGAGGCGCUGCUGGAUGCGUCGGGGACGCUCCUGCUGUUGGCGCCGGCCACACGCAACCGCGAUUCUGAAGCAUUUGUGCAGCGGCUGCUCUGGCUGCGGGGUCGCGGCCGCCUGCGCCACGUGAGCCUGGGCCUCUGCUCGCUUGUGUACGAGGCGCCGUUCGACGCCCAGGUCAGCCUCUACCAGGCCCGCUGCCGCUACCUGCAGCCCCGCUGGGCGGACUUCCCGGACCGGAUCUUGGAUGUGGGCUUCGUGGGCCGCUGGUGGGUGCUGGGGGCCCGGAUGCGCGACUGCGACAUCAACCACGACGAGUUCCUGCACCUGCCGGCACAUCUACGCGUCGUGGAGCCCCACCAGCUGCACUCGGAAGCCAACGAGCGGCUCUUCGAUGAGAAGUACAAGCCUGUAGUGCUCACCGACGAUCAGGUGGAUCAGGCGCUGUGGGAGGAGCAGGUCCUGCAGAAGGAGAAGAAAGACCAGCUCGCCCUGAGCCAAGCCGAUCCCCUGGCGCCCUCGGAAGUCGCUAGAUGAAACCCAUUGCGGCCUGGGUCCUGACCGGAUCCUGAGCCCAAGCAGACUGCCGAUCAAGGAUUGUGCCGUUGGUGAGAAUCAGCCUCAGACGUAGAGCGAUGGAAAUAAAUUGUGUGCAGUGAUCUCUCCGUGGGUUUUCACAAAAUUGAGGGCCUCCCUCUCACCUGUUCCUUGUGAGUUGACGCUAAUUCAGAGCCUCCUUGGUCUUGGAGUUGGGAAGAGCAGAAGGACAUGCCUUGUAACAUUUAUCACUGCCAGAGUUAGUGAGGAGCCUUAGAUGGAAAUAAGCCUUUGCACUGGGCUUAAAGAUUCCUCCGACUGAGGUAUCACAGUUGUUAGGUGACUCCCAAGCUCUCCUAAGAACUUUUAGAUUUUCUUUUUUCUUUUUUUUGUUCUUUUAGGUCCGCACCUACGGCAUAUGGAGGUUGCCAGGCUAGGGGUCUAAUCAGAGCUGUAGCCCCUGGCCUACACCAUAGCCACAACAACGUGGGAUCCAAGCCGCAUCUGCGACCUACACCACAGCUCAGGGCAACAUUGGAUCCUUAACCCACUGAGAGAGGCCAGGGAUGGAACCUGCAAUCUCAUGGUUCCUAGUCCGAUUUUUUCACAAUGAUGGGAACUCCUAGAUUUUCAUUUUAAAAUUUGAACUGAAAUGUUUAUCCUGUUUCCAUGACUAAAAUGUUUUUUUAAAUUAAUUUUUAAAAAAUUUAUAAUUUCAGGAGUUCCCGUCGUGAUGCAGUGGUUAACGAAUCCGACUAGGAACCAUGAGGUUGCGGGUUCGGUCCCUGCCCUUGCUCAGUGCGUUAACGAUCCGGCGUUGCCGUGAGCUGUGGUGUAGGUUGCAGACGCGGCUGGGAUCCCGCGUUGCUGUGGCUCUGGCGUAGGCCGGUGGCUACAGCUCCAAUUAGACCCCUAGCCUGGGAACCUCCAUAUGCCACAGGGGCAGCCCAAGAAAUAGCAAAAAGACAAAAAAAAUUUUUAUAGUUUCAGAGGAGACUGGAAAAAUAGACAUCCUGUGUAUCUUCACCCAGCUUCCCCCCCCUCCCCCCCCCCCCCCGUCAUAACUUAUGUAAUCAUUACCAACCCAAGAAAUUAACAUUGGUAUGAUUAUUUGGAUUUUACGACAAAACUUUUUGCAAAAACAACCUCCCCUGACCCUAUUUUUUUAGGGCUGCACCCACAGCAAAUGGAAGUUUCAGAGUCUAGGGGUCACCUCAGCCACAGCAAUGCAGGAUCCAGUCAGCAUCUGUGACCUAUACUGCAACUUACGGCAACGCCGGAUCCUUUAACCCACUGAGUGAGGCCAGGGAUCGAACCCUCAUUGUCCUGGAUAAUAGUUAGAUUCUUAACCCACUGAGCCACAACAGAAACUCUAAAAACAACCUGUUUUUGGAAAGUUCCCAUGUGGCACAGUGGAUCUGGCAUUGCCAUAGCUGUGGCACAUACUUUGGUGUGGAUUUGAUCCCUGGCUGGGGAACUUCCAGAUUCCGCGGGUGUGGCCAAAAAGAACUCUCAAAACCAACCUGUUUUUACCAUGUGUGUACUGAUACUGAUGUUAAAUGACAAGGAGGGACAAAGCAUUUUCUGAUCUGGAAAUCAACAUGGAAUCCUAGUUUCUGGUUAUGUUUUACUUCAAUAACCCUGAAAACACAGAAUUCUAUAGAAAGGACAUGUUGGUAUUCAGAGCUGGGUUAUGAUAAUCAUACUUUUAAAACUAAAAUACUAUAGGAAUGAGACUACCUCUGUCACCUAUGUGACCUAUAGCUAGUUAAUAAACCAAGACAUGAAAUAA